AUGGAUGCAAUUAAUGACGAUAAAAUUUACAACUUGUAUAGAAGUGUUUCUUUUGGAGAUGGAACAUAUUAUGGCAACAAGGCAGGUGGCCUUUGUCAACUAAAUGUCCCAAGUUUACCUAGUGUGGCUUAUGCAGUGGAUGCACUUGUUGCUUUGAACAAGCCUCAAAUGUUCGGAUCAUCAGCAUGUGGUAUAUGUCUCCGUGUCAACGGAACUGGACAAGGACUUGGACUUGAUCCUAUACAAGGGAGUUUCACUGUUUAUGUCAAAGAUCUUUGUCCCGAAUGCAAAGCUGGAGACGUUGACUUUGCUAAAAAGGCUGAUGGGCGCUGGGAUAUUAGUAUACAGGCUAUACAAUGCCCUGUUUCUGGACACAUUGAGUAUACACUGCAAGGCAGCAACGAUUAUUACAUAAAACUACAAGUCAGAAAUGAUAGGGUCCCUACCACUACGCUGUUUAUGUACCAGCAUAAGAAGAAGAUUUAUGUACCAUUAAUGCGGACACGUGAUGGAUUCUGGGAGUUUCCUAAAAAGGACAAGAGGAUAGAGAAACCGAUACGAAAGCCAAUAAAACUUCGUCUUCAUGCGCCAGAUCGUCGUUAUACUCUUUACGACGAAAUAACCCCGAGUAGUAUGGAUUUCAAAGGCAUUAUACGAGGAAAAGGUGUCCAAUACCCUGUAAAUCCAAAUCUGCCGUCAGCGUAA